UAGAUACAAGAGUUGCCUUUUUUUCUUUAAUUAUAGAAUUUGGGAGUCAGAUAUCAGUUAAAGGGAAGGGAAGAGAGGGAAGAAGAUUCGUGGGCGACCCUAGGCUCCAAUAAUGGAGGAAGAAAUCAAUUAUGGUGCCCAGACAAUGAACAUCCCCAGAAGGAGACGCUGGUACACCCGCCUGUGGCAUUCAUGUCUGGGUCUUAGAUGCAUGCAUCCUCAGAAAAAGAAGAAAUAUCCCCUCUACUUGAUUGGCUAUGAUCCUAUAGGUCCAUUACAACGAGCGGCCAGCGUGGGUGACCUUGAUACAACAGAGAAGUUAAUCCACUCCAGUCAACAUCAUGUGGAUGAAUCUGAUAGAAGGAAAAGGACUUCGCUGCAUUAUGCAUGUGCCCACAACCAUCCAGACGUGGUGACACUAUUAUUAGAAAAUAAUUCCAGCAUUAACAUCCGGGAUGAUGAAGGCUGCACACCCUUGAUUAAGGCCACCCAACGAGACAAUGUGGAUUGUGCUUCCGUAUUGCUCACCCACAAUGCGGAUCCAAAUCUGAUAGAUUUCAGUGGGAACACAGCCUUACACCAUGCUAUAUCCAGGGGUAACUUAAGGAUUGUAAAAAUGCUCCUUGAGCACAACGUAGACAUUGAAGCCAAAACAGAGUAUGGCUUGACACCAUUGCAACUUGCAACAUUUGAACAGAAACCUGAAAUGGUAGAAUUUUUAGCAGCAAAGUGUGCAAAAAGCUCAGUGACCCCCUCCUGGUCACCCAGUCCCACAGUCUCUCCCUGCCCCUCCUCCACUUCACCUCUGAGCAGUUUGGGACUCCAUGUAUGUCCAAACCCUGGCACUUCGUCUCUCUCUGAGGACAGAAAAAGUAGCUCAGCUAGAAGAAUAAAACUGAGUACUGGAUCAUCAGCUCAGAGAACUGAAGUGAAGCAUGUCAGGUUCAAUGAAGAAGUCUUAUACUUUAAAGAGGAAAGGCCUUUGUCCUGUGAAGCAAGACCACCAGGACAGCUUAAAUCUAUCUUGAAAAACACUGUCCAGUAUAAUACAGUUAAUGAGAAAAUUACAAGAAGAACAUCACUGUGGUGUUCAAAAGGAGAAGAUGUCAGGUAUACUUCCUGUAUCAAGGUAAAAUGCUUCUCUGUGAAAUCAAGUUUCUUAUGAAUUGUCUUAAUUCAGCAGUAGUCUAACUAUCCCAGGUUUAUAUGGAAAAGGUGAUUCAGAGAAAACCAUAUUGUAGAUGUGGAACUUUCUAUCAAUUGCAAGUGAGCAGUAAGUCCUUAUAGGUAGUAGUGGCCCAAUAUGAGAAUGGACUCAAGAGACAUAGGGAGUGAAGACUGAGUGCAGGUCUCACAUAAUAGAAGGUGUUUGAUGUUUGACAAAGUAAUGUUUGCAGAAAUGAAUACACAUUAGACUGAUUUAAAAAUGUGACCGUGAUAAUAGACCAGAAUACCAUUUAGUAAGUCCAGAUAUUUCAAUGAUCCAGCAAUCUCCAAAGUGCCUUUACCCCCAGCAGAAUGCCCAUAAGUUUUAUCUACCCUUGGGCACUCCUAUUUCAGGAUCAUAUAUGAGAGGCUCUCUUUGGUUUCUCUCUUUCAUCUGUUUUUAGACUGAGAAGAAAUUGUGGAUAUUUAGCAAUUAUGUUCAUCAAAUUUGCCUUAUGAAGAGAUUAGAGUAUUUUCUAUUUGAUUCUUAUAAGGGUAUGUUGAAAGUUCUUCAUCUAGUUAAAAAAUAACUUUCCUUCCCCAGUUAGCCAGCAUUUCUAGAAGCAGAGAGUCAAUUGCUAUAUAAGUCCAUAUAAGUUCUUCUUUUUCUUAUUUUUGAAAUAUACAUGUAUAUUCUUUGUGCCAUAUUCAAACACUUAAAAUAUUGUAGUGUUUUAUUUAGAUACAUCCAUAUUCAGUAUGAGGCUACUUAAUCACUAUGAGAUACUGGAGUUUAGGAAACUUGUUUCUGUAUAACCUGUAACCCUAGAGUGAGGGGAUGUGUGACUGAUAAGUGACAUUUUAAUGAUUUUUGAAUGUGAUUAAGUGAUCCAAUGUGUUUCUAUAAAGUAGUUCCACAGGUACUAUGAUAAGGAUUGCAGUGGCAAUUUAACUGGCAUUUAUUUAAAAUGGUAAACUGUGAAUUUUGUUCCUCCCAGCAAUGGAGGAGAAAGAAUGCCAAAAGAGGUUUUAGCAAUAUUAAUGAUCAUCUUAUAUAAGAUGGAGAAAAUUUGGCACAUAAUGAAUUAAGCUUAGUCUCAACCCGGAAGAACAAUAUCUUGUUUCUCAUUUCAUGAUUUUCUCUUAAUCUAGUCUAGCCUAAAUAUUUUUACAUUUGAUGAUAUCCUAGCAAUUUGAAAAUAGAUAAGCGUAUUAGAAAAUAUUUCAUGUGUAAUUACAGUUUUUAAUUAUCAUGUGUCAAUACCCCAUGAUUACUAAGAAGUAAAGUUGAUUUGAAAGCAUGCACCCCAAAAGAAAAGAGUUAAUUUCACAACCAAACAAAAAGUUAACUCUAUACCUUUGCAUUGCUGGAAGAAUCUAGCAAAACUUUACAUAGACCACAGAGGAGGAUGCAAAAGGAUUUUGUGGGUUUUUGGAGUUCUGGAGUUUAUGUGUGUUCUUGGGGAGAGCCAAUAACUAACACUUAUGAAGAAAAAGCAUCCCUAAUGUUAAUUCUCCCCAAUUUGAUAAGUAACAUAUUUGCUUGUUAUGGAGGAAAAUGUUGGAUGUGUGUGCCUGUGGUUGAGUACUGCAAGUAGUGUCAGGGAAGAGAAACUGAGCUUGAACAGUCCCCUCCUCUCCUUCAUAUCCUCACUCCUUGUCAGGCCCUGUAUUAGGUAGUGCUUCCCUACCUCCCUAAUGCUGUGACCCUUUCUUUAAUAGAGUUCCUCAUGUUGUGGUGACUCCCAACCAUAAAAUUGUUUUUGUUGCUGCUCCAUAACUGUAGGUUUGAUAAUGUUAUCAGUUGUAAUGUCCUAUCAGUGUUUUCAGACUUUCUUAGGCAACUUGUAUGAGCCUGUUCUGUGCACCUCCUCCAAUUGGUCAUGACAGAUAGGUUGAGAACCACUGUGUUAAAAUGUAAGUGUUAGGAAAUUAGACUAUGGAAACAACAAGAAAGAAACCAAAAAAAUGGGCAUGUUUGUAACACAGUGAGAAGAAUUCAUAAAAUGACAAAAAGUAAAUAAUACAGGCUCCUGGAAGUAGGUACAGUCAACAUGGAAGCAACCAAUACUUGUGUUUCUCUUCUUAGAUCGACUGACUUUAAGUGUGUGAAUGCUUUGCAUGUGUAUUCUUUCUGUGUCCCAUGUGUGUGUGCGUCGCACAGACAUCAGAAGAGGUUAUUUCUUCUCAUGGACUUGGUGUUCCAGAAUUUUGUGAGCAAACGUUUAUGUAUUACAAAUCAAACCCAGGUGCUAUGCAAGAACAAUACAUGUUAAAAACUCCUCAACCCUGUUUUCUAGCUCCUACAGUGAAUAUGUUUGAUAUGAAAACGAUUAAAAGUAUCAUAAGGGGAAAUAAGUAGUCAGUCUUAGGAUAAUUGUUAACUUCCUGGACCCAGGCCUCAGCCUUCACAUUUUACCUAUUGAAGUCCAAAGGACUAAUAGGCAGGGUGUGCACAAUAGGAGGCUCGGUAUGCUGGGCACACCUUUAAUUCAUGAACCCACAAAUCAGGCAGGAUUGUCUUUGUCAGUUCAAGGACACCCUGUUCAUAAUUGAUAUGGGAAGUAGAGGAAGGCAAAGGGAAUUGUGGGUAUCAAAUGAUAACUAAUAGGAGUCAGUCUUCUCCUUCCACAAUUUCAGACUCAGGUAUCAAGUUCAAGAUGUUUGUCAUGGUGACAAGUACCUUUAUCUACUUAGCCAUCUCGAUGACCCUGAUUUACACACUGUCUGAAAAUGCUUUAGCAUGAAUACACAUACACGCGCACACACACACACACACACACACACACACAGAGACACACACAGAGUAUAUAAAAAGUGUGUGUGUGUCUUUAUAACAUUACACACCUCUUACCCAGUGCAUGGGAGGGUCAGACAGAGAGAGAUGACUUCUCCUGGGUUUUAAUACUGGGCCACACUUAGGGAGAGGGUUUAACAUUCGGGAUAUGGCCUAGGUAGCACAAGGUUGUCAGUGGUAGGUUUUCAUGGUUAUGACUACAUGUGGUACCAGUUCUGUGUUAUUUGUUUCCUGGUCUACCAGCAUGUGAGAAGCAGUAGAAUAGUGCCACAAACUGGGACACCCUGUUGCCUUGCUGGAAGUAACUGACUGACUUUCCCAUCAGACAUUUUGUCAGAGCAACUACAGAAACAAGUAAAAGAAUAAUAGCCCUCUUUUCUGUUUUAAUCCCCACUGAGAAGUUACAAAGCAAACAGGAGGGUCUGUUUGCAGAUCUUACUCACAGCACUUCCUCCACUGCCUACUGUUAACAGCUAACUAAUUAUCUUAAUGUAAUGCCUCUAAAUUCACCAUUAAGAAAGGGGCAGAUUAGAUGUAAGUAUUAGACCCAGUGAAACCUUUAGAAACUGUAAACUUCAUAUUGUCAGAAACCAAACUCAACUAACUGUUCCUUCUUUUUAGCCUAGCUCAAUUUAGUUUUCAAGUUAAUAUUAGCUACAAUAUGUGAUGAACCGAGUAAAUUUUGUUCUAGAGAGAACUAAGCAAGAAGGUAGAACUCAGGUAAUUUUCGAACACAGAAAUUUUCUUGGCAAUCAUCUUCUAGUUCAGUGAAAAGCCGUUAGAGUUUUCAAAACUAACAUUCCUAAUACAAACACAUUUCCCCUAAAUAGAAUUUUUAUGAUGAUACAGAAUGUACAUAAUAAUGGUGAAGCAUAUGGUAACCACAGAUUAGUUACAGUUGACAUGAAAUGAAGCAACUUCUUUUAUAUACCAAUUAUUAGAAUACAAUCCACAAUAUCAUUAAAGCAGUGAUAUAUGCCAGGCACAACUUAGCCAAAGGUAGUUUCCAUUCUUCAAAGAAAUGAAUUAUGUGAUUGAAAUAAAAUAGAUGCUAUUUUCUGAUAUUAAGCUUGCAUAAAAUCAAACUAACACAAACGUCCCAGAAGCCUAUGUGGCAAUUGCAGUGUAAUACGUAUAAAAUUAAAAAAAAAUGGACCUGAGGUAGAUAAUAACAAUUCUCUAUUGCAUGCUAAGAGAAUACCCAAUAUAAGUCUUUAUGAAGAGGUACAGCCAGACAGGGGUGACAAUGACACAGGCAUGUUUCAAAGAGGCUAACUAGCUUGGGGCAAAGGAAAUGUUCUCAUGUCAAUGAGAAAUUCAUACUUUUCUCCAUUUCAUUUGCAUUGUAAACGGGUAACAACCUAGCGUUCUCUCUCUCUCCCUCUCCCUCUCUCCCUCUCUCUCUCUCUCUUCCCUUUAUUUUAAAACUAGAAUAUAAAUGCAUAAUAUAUAUACAUAUAUAUACACAUAUUCAUAUACACAUAUAUAUGUAUAAAAACAUACACACAUACAUGGACUCAUGCAUGUAUAUAUACAUAAAAUAUAGCAACCAGGUGGCUCAGUGGGUUAGUGACUUGCCUUGGAACCCUAAUAAGCUGAAUUUCAUCCUGAAAAAAGGAAAAAGCCUGUAAUCUCUGCACCCCUAAAUCCAGAUUGGAGACUAAGAGAGUAGAACAGCCCUGAAAGACAAGCUAGACAGAUUAGACCAUAGAGAGAAGCAGAAAUGGUCAGAGCCUCUUUCUAACUCUGUGGAAGAAGAUAUCCAGCUCCUGAAAUUUCUCUCCAGUCUAUACACACACACAAACACACACACACACACACACACACACACACACACACACACACACACACAAACACACAUACAGAAACACACAAGAGAGAGAGAGAGACACAGAGACAGAGAGAAGGAGGGGAGAAAUACACACACAAGCAUAACAUAAGCAGAGUAAUGUAACCACAUGUGCACAAACCCCUGAGAUAAAGAUUAUUUUGAAUCAUGAAUUUAAGUAUACUGGUAAAUAAAUGCUGUUAAUAUACACCUGUUGUGUGACUAACAAUUCAGGGAAAUCUCUUCAGGGUCCUCUCCUUUAUCUUCAGUGUUAUCUUCAUGGAAGUGGCAAUUGUCCUGGAAAUUUAAUUUUGCAUCAUAUGGUCCUUUAUUCUUCUUUAAUAAUUGUCUCAAGCAUGUUUACACAAUGAGGAAGGGGAUAAUGAGUCCGGUAACACGUGGUGUAUGAAAACGUGCCUAUGUCUGAAAAUUCCACAUACUUUGCUGUAUUCAAGUCUGUUUCUCAGUGGAUCCAGUGAACUAAAUUCUAACAUUUGAACAGUUUGAAGACACAGAGAUUGCAUGCUUCCUCAUCCUUUCCCUUUGAUCAACAGUGCUGCUUAACUCAUUUUGUUGAACCUUCUCUGUGUUAUAUUGUUUGAUGAUGCAGAGAAUGUUUUGGAGUGUGACUUUUUCAUGUAAGUAGCAUAUCCCAUCCUCAAACCUGGUACUGAAGGGCAAAAGUUGACUGCUAAGUUAUGAAUUUCAUGGAGGUGUAAGGAGCAACAAAUAUAUGGAGACCUUAUUUGCCAUGCCGCAUCAAAUCCACUUCCAACACUCACAUUUCCUAAGUGUAUCUGGUUGAAGCAGUGAGUGCUCUGGGUAGCCUAUCUAAGCUAGCAUUAUGGAAUUUGAUCACUUGUUUUAUGACCAAAUCCACUGGGCAAAGCCCCUUCACAGCUUGGAAUGAAUCCUUCAGACAUUUGAAGUCACUCCUACUGUACCUAGAUAAUGGUUAUGUUAGUUACUUUCUAUGGCUGUAAGAAAAGACCAUGAGAAAGACAACUUCCAGAAGAAAGGGUGUGUUUGAAGUUGGGUUCAUGGUUCCAGUGGGAUGCACACAUCACCAUCAUGGCUCAGGCAGCAGGCAUGGUACUGAAGCAGCAGCAGAAUGAUCACAUAUUGACCUACACAGGAAAGAGAGAACUUUACGAGAAUGGCACCUGUCUAGUGUAAUCUUAAAGCCCAUCCCAGUUACACAUAUCCAACAAAAAGGCCACAACUUCUAAUCCUUUCCAGAAUAGGUCAGCCAUCUGGAGAGCAAGCAUUAUAUGACCCUAUGGGCCUCUGACAUUCAAGCCACCACAGAGGUGCUGGAUCAAGUCAUUAUAUUCAUCCUCUCUGUGUAACAACAGUCAUGGUGAUGCAGGAUAGUUGAUCAUGCUGUGCUUGUGUUUGAUUGUGUUGUUUACUCAAUAAACUCUUGUCUAGUUAUUGUGUGACUCAGCCUUUGCACCAAACUUUAAUCCCUCUAGCCAGAAUACAGACACCUCCUUAGUAAACACCCUUAAUCCUAAAUAAUCAAGGUAAAGUUAGUUUGUAGAAUGAAGCACCUUGUCUGAAAGUGAGGUCUAAUUGCAUGGCAGAGAAGUUGAUGAAUCAGAGAAAGUUUUGAUUAAAUAGGAUGUGUCUAACUCUCUCAAGAAGAAAGGAAAGGGAAGCUACUUGAGAGGUAGUGCAGAGAGAAACAGAGAGAGGAGGCAUUUUUACCCAGAAAGUUUUAGAGAGAUUCAUUGAAGAGAGAACCAGCAAGACACGGGUGAAGGCAGAAUGAACCAGAGAAUAUGAAGGAGUCAGAAGAUUAGGAAAAAAUUGCUAGUUAGUUUGAGGUCAAGCAGAACAAAAAAACAUCAGAGGCCAAGAGAGAAUCCAGGCUGAAUCAGUUAGCAUGGGGAGCAGCUUUGAGCUAGAACACCUGAGUUGAACCAGUCAGCCAGAGAUGAAAAAGAACCAGAAAUAACGGUGUGCUUAUUCAGCAGUAAGUAUGAGAGGCUGACAAUAUUCUAGGCCUAUGCUAAGUUUCACAGAGGCGAGAAGCUUCCAGGACUAGGCCUAGGUUAUCACUCAGAUGGAGGUAGCUAGCAUCAAAGAUUACAAUUACACCUAGUGCAUAAAAGUUACUUUGACAUAGAGUUAACAGGUGAGAUUUUGGAAGGCAUAUAUAGAAUCCAUAAAUGGAACUCAGCAAUUCCCCUCUGCUAUAGGUAGUGACAUACUUUAUUCAUGCAUUUCACAAUUCAGCCCCACUGUUCUGAUAUCCCAGGUAUCUAAUGGACAACUGUAGAAGAUCAUUCAUUGGGGAAGGGUUAGUGUAGUGCAGAAGAGAGAGGUUCCUUUUGUUCUCAAAGCACCUCACUGCCCUAUUAACUUCAUCUGGCUGGAAUUCAAAAUUCAGGUCAUAAAGACAGGAGAGGACACAUUUUGUCCUUUCUUUUUAUGUCUUUCCAUUUUGUAGAGAAUGAUGAUGUGAGGUAGCAAAGAGCAGAAGAUAAAAGCAUAACACUAAGCAGGUCCCCACCAAAGAUUUCUAGAUACGCUGGGCCUUUUACUCAUCAUGCAGAAAGGAAGCAGAGGUUGCUGAAUAUCAGAUAGUGUCCUUAGUGAUGAAGGUGGUCUGAAUACAGAAACAUUUUGGGGACUGUAAAUCAAGAUUCUGACAUUAGCAGACAGGUGAUAAAAUGAAUAAAAUCAGUGAAACUUUAAAUCAAAAGUAACAUUGCCAAUUUUCCUUAUAGGUGCGAGGAAAUAAACCACCUAUUUUCCGUCCCUUUCCUCGGAAGCAUAGAAUUCAUGUGCUUGAGGCUCCUGGUGACAUUGAGCCAACUCAUUCCAUCUGUGCUGCUGACAGCAGGGCUCCUGCUGAAUUUGAGCCAAAUUCUUCCACCUGUGCUGCUGUCAAUGGGGCUCCUGCUGCUGAUGAGCCAACUACUUCUUCCCAGUGUGCUCCUGACUGUGAGGAUCCUGCAGUCAUUGAGCCAACUCAUUCCACCUGUGCUGCUGACAGCAGGGCUCCUGCUGAUGCUGAGCCAAAUUCUUCCACCUGUGCUGCUGUCAAUGGGGCUCCUGCUGAUGUUGAGCCAACUACUUCCCAGUGUGCUCCUGACUGUGAGGAUCCUGCAGUCAUUGAGCCAACUCAUUCCACCUGUGCUGCUGACAGCAGGGCUCCUGCUGACAUAGAACCAACUCCUUCACAACUUGCUCCUGACAGGGGUGCUCCUGCUGAUGUUGAGCCAACUCAUUCCACCUGUGCUGCUGACACCAGGAUUCCUGCUGACAUAGAACCAAGUCCUUCACAAUGUGCUCCUGACAGUCCUGCUCCUUCUGAUAUUGGUGAGGAACCCAGUCCUGUUGCUGACCUAGAUGAAGAUAUAGCUGAGGAUUUUUAUGACGCUUUAGAGUCAGCUGAUCUCACUGGCCAUAGCGGGUCCACUGUCCAGGUACCUGGUUUUCUUUGGGAACCAGAUAUGCUACUGCUGCCAGUAAUGCCCUUGAUGUGGUUUCUUACAUUCCUGUUAUCAAUGAUGAUGUGGAUUAGAAAUGGAAUUCGCAAGUGUGCUAUGAAGAAAAUGGCCAAGGACCUCCCUCCAAGAGAAAAGAUAAACCCGAUGCCGCUGGAGCUGAACACUCCAACACACACUGAUAUAUG